UGACAGAGACCCGGUAUAAGGGGAGUUGAAGAGCAUUCGAUCACCAGGUUUUUACUCAGUGAAGAUAGUGAUUGGAUCCAAAGAUAACCGGUACCGGACUCAUUACUGAACAGUUAUGAGGAGUGUAGCGUUUGUCUGCUUGGUGACUCUGGCUGUGUUAAACUGUGACGUCACAGAAGCCGCAUGUCCUAUUCAGGGAAGUCUUGGAUGUUUCUGUCAGAACCACGUUGUUGAUUGCUCUGAUAAAAAUAUCAACACUGUCCCGACCUUCACCAACACGGGAUGGGACAAUUUCAAUAUUCUCAGACUAUCUCAUAACAACAUCAGAAACAUACCAAACAGAGCCUUCAUCAACAUCAACGUUACUAGAAUCGAGCUUGACUACAACAAUAUCAACUCUAUAGAUGCAGACGCUUUCGCAGGUAUCUCAACUUAUCUAACAUCACUGAAUCUGGAAGGGAAUAAUCUAAGUUCAGCGUCAGGUGCCUUUAAAUUCCUGCCACAUCUGACAUCCCUCAAUAUCCUCCACAACCCGGUCCGCUUAGUCCCCGAUGAUGUCUUGUACACUCUUGGAUCAACUCUACUGGAUUUCAGCUUUGGGGAUGAUGGGUUACAAUUCUGGCCACCAACACUAAACCACUUACAGGCCCUGAGAAGUCUUCUAUUUGAAGGGAAAAGUAUGAGUAAUAUUCCUUUCGAUGCAUUCCACGGAUUUGAACUGACCUUGCGAAAACUCACUUUGCGCAGGACCAAUGUAGCAAGUAUUCCUCUAGCUGUAAAAGAACUGUUAUAUCUGGAGGAAUUUUAUUUUGAGGAUAACAUUAAUGUUGGUGAUGAUGGCAUAAUUGAAAGUGCGUUUCGAACAAGUCGUGGCGAUGGUGGAUCUCCAAUUAAAACACUUAGUUUGAAAAACAACGGCUUAAGCACUUUUCCGGCAGCUCUUCAGCAAUUCCCAAAUUUAACAAGCUUCUUCAUGGACGGAAACCACUUGUGGUAUAUUAAUGAUGCCAUGGUAUCCUAUGUGCGAGGUUACAUGUACACCAUCAGCCUGAAAAGCUGCAACCUGGACCGCAUACCACAAGCCAUCCUCCGCAUCAGAUAUCUCCGCAACCUUGACUUGUCUGACAAUAAUAUAAACAGUAUAUAUAGCAACGACCUAACAUUUGGCGACAAUGGCGAAAUUCAUGAGCACUUAGUGUCUCUUAACCUUGCCAAUAAUCCCCUAGCGUACAUAGCAAACAAUUCUUUCAGGGCUCUUGUCGCGCUCAGGGAGCUCAACAUCAACUCGACUGCGCUCACCGCCAUUCCAAAAGCCUUGGGCGGCGUUUCAAGCCUCCAGAAGGUUUAUGUUCACGAUACGACCAUUGAAUGCACUUGCGAUUUAAAAUGGAUACAGACCAGUACGGCAAAUCAUGUGAAUUUUGAGGGCGAGUGCGACACCAUUACUCAGAAUAUACAGGAGUAUAUACAAAACAGAAUCCCGUCCUGUCCCUCGGAGUAAUAUACUAUCCUCCCACGGAAUCAUACAUUGUUCUUCUCACCGGUAACUUGUACUAUUCUGAUGGGAAACGCAUGAAUUAUCCUCCGCCAGAAACUUUAAUUUUCUUCGCUAGACGCUUCCAUCGUUCUUCGCCGAACACUGCUAUUCAUCGGACACAUGAAUUAUUGUUUACAAUAUACUUAUUCUAUAUCGGACAUUUGUAUUAAUCUGUAAAGGAAACUUGCGUAGUUGGUUUAAAUGUAAUGUUGAUAUCAGUAAUCAGAUGAUCUUGAGCAGAAAUAUAACUAUUUGGUUAUUUCUUGAUAAGUAGCAUUGUAUUAAUUAUUCUAUUGUCCUGCAUAUACAUUGUAUGUAGAGUAAAACUUUGUUUUGGUCCUUUUUAUUACUGAUUCCGAUUUUCUCUCUCUUUGUUUUCUAUUCGUGUUACAUGCUGUGGUAGAAUUCAUAGUAAUCAAUCAACUGCCAGCUAUCAGCGAUAUGCUUUAUUGUAGCUCUACUAAAGAAUUAAAUGUUAUCCGCUUAGGCAUGCGUUGAUCAUCUGAACCAUAAUCUGAAGUUAUAUUUCUCGGGACGUCAUGUUCAUAAAUAGAAUGCUUUAUUUCAAGGGACACAACUACUUACAGUUAUCCUAAAGCUAGUACUGUAAGCGAUGAUGAUUCUGUUCAUAUAACCUAAUAUCUGGAAAUGCAUUUGUAAAGUUUUAUAAUAAAAUAGCUGUGAAUUGCUUGAGUCGUA